AUGAAGACUGAUUCUAUUGUAAUCAAUUCAUCGUCUGCUGAGAACGUUUCUUGUAUUGAAGAACGUUUAAAUGGCGUAUCACAUAACGACGAACCUCCCACUAAACCCGGUCGAUACAAAAAAUGGACUAGGGAAUAUAGAUAUAAAUUUUUUGCUUUUGUUAUCAUAGCACUUAUUCAAAUUUUUGUUAAUUAUGACAACGGGGUUGUGCCUGUCAUAUUGGACACUAUACAAAAACCAUAUAACUUCAAGAGUACCGAACUAGGUGCCAUGGGAGCACUUCCUCAUUUGGGAUACUUUUUUCUUUCACCAUUAUUGUCACACAUUCUCUCUAAUUACAGUAGCAAAACAUCGCUAAUCAUCAGUAUAUUUUUCAAUAUUGUUGCCUUGGGUGCCUUUGGAUUGUCGGUCAACAAAUACAUGUUUUUCGUGGCAAAAUUUUGUAUCGGUGUAACACAGGCAUUAUAUUUUACUUACUAUCCGCUAUGGGUUGACACAUUUGCACCACCUAAUCACAGGAAUUUAUGGAUGUCCAUUAUACAAGGGGGCAUAGUUGUGGGAAUGACGUUUGGAUAUGUAAUGACCUCCAUAUUUUUACACACAGGAAGAUUCGGGUGGAGAUAUAGCAUUCUUACGCAAAUUAUUUGUGAGCUAGUUUUAAUAAUAUUGUUUCUAUUUCUUCCUGCUGAAUUCGUAAAUUUUGACGCUUCAAGAGAUGAUAUCGUUAACUUUGACUUAUGUACCUGUGAAAAUCAAGAAAUGGCUAAACCCGAUUUAAAUGGCUCCAAAUUAGCAGUAAUUUCAGAAAAUGACGAUAAUUCGCCUGUUUCAAAUUAUAUUCUUUCCAAUAGGAAGGAAUCAGGGGCUGUUAUUCACAAUGAAAACACACAAUCCAAUGCUAAGAAGGAUUUGAAGUAUAAGGAUAAAACGGAUAAAAAUGUUGAUGUUGUAUGCAAAGAUUCCAAUAUGGGUGAACCUAUUUCAUAUUUUAAUCAACUAGCUUCAAGCAAUGUAGAGUUUAAUUUAAAGCGCUGUCAGAGUCUCAAUAUAAUUGCAACUAAGGAUUCAUCACUUUGUUACAAUGAAGUGUCACGUAUUUAUUCGAAUAUCGAAAAUCCAAUAAAUAAAUUCGAAUACUCCAAAUGCAGUAAGUGUUUCUUAAACAACGUGAAACUUUACAAUGAAAUUGUACAAAUUAAAAAACUUUCUGUUUGGACAAAGUUUGCUUUAUUGGUCAAACAAGAUGUGUUCAUGCUUACCUGCUUGGCCAUUUCAUCUGUUUAUUUUGAAGUUUUCGGCAUUCAUUUUUGGAUGACCAAAGUCGCAAUAUCAAAUUUAAAAGUGAAAGAAAGGGCUGUUCAUUUAAUUUUUUCAAUAGAGACUCUUGCCGGUCCCGUAUUGGGUAUAGUUAGUGGAUCCUAUAUCAUAGAUCAACUAGUAUACCAUUAUCCACUGCAUCCUUUGUUCGUUGAUUGUACUGUAUUUGUUUGGGGAACUAUUUCCUGUUUUUCUGGAGUAGUUUUAAUUUAUUUGCAAACCCCAAUGGCUUUUGCCGUCUGUAUCGCGGUAAUUCUAUUUUUCGGAGCUGCUUUGGUUCCACCAUUAACUCUUUCCUCGGUUUCUUAUUUACCUCAUAAUCUGAAACCGGCCGGGGCAUCAUUCUUUAUGUGCCAAUAUCAGGUUCUGGGAUUUAUGAUGGGAACCGUUGUUCCGGGAAUUGUUGUCGAUAUUUUCAAGAAUUACAAGGCCGGUCUAUAUUUGAUUUUUUUAUCUGGAUACGUCGGUCUUAUAUCAAUGGCAAUAAUAAUAUUCAUAAAAUGGUUCAGAAGUAGGAAGGCCAAAAAAUAUGAGAUAGAGAUGACAGGGGUUCGUACAGAACUUCCUGAAUCUGAUAUGGAUAGUAGUUCAUUGGAGUUGACAUCAAAUAAGAGAAUAACUGAUGAAUGUGUAAAGAAGCAGGGUCUGAAUCAGAAGGGAACUAUAGAAUACAAAUAUAAAAUAUACACAUUCUUGAUCAUAUCACUGCUCCAGAUUUUCUUGAAUUAUGAUUUUGGAAUUAUGCCGGUUAUAUUAAACUCUAUACAGGAACCAUAUAAUUUUAACAACUCUGAACUGAGUAUAAUGGGUUCACUUGCUUAUCUUGGCACUUUUUUGUCUUCUCCAGUAUCUUCAAAAAUACUUUCUAAUUACAGUAGUAAGUCAUCUUUAAUUUGUUUCGUGUUUCUAAACAUUGUUUUUUUGGGAUUGUUUGGUUUAUCUGUUAACAAAUUUAUGUUUUUCGUAGCAAAAUUCUGCAUAGGUUUAACACAAUCGUUAUUUUUUACUUACUAUCCGCUAUGGAUUGACACAUUUGCACCAUCUAAACAUAGGAAUUUGUGGAUGUCUAUAAUACAAGGAAUGAUAGUAAUCGGUAUGACAGUUGGGUACGCCCUGGCUUCAGUAUUCUUGUAUGUUGGAAAAUACGGAUGGCGAUAUAGUGUAAUGACUCAGGCUAUAGGUUUAGCGAUUACAGUGGCAUUGUUUUGGAUGGUUCCUAAGCAAUUUAUUGAAUUUGAUCCUUCAAGAGAUGAUAUUGUUAACUUUGAUUUGUGCACCUGUGAAAAACCAGUAAAUAAUGUUUCAACGACAAGUAUGGAAACCAAAUGUGUAAAUGAUGAAAAUCAUGAUGAAGAAUCGCAUCUUAGAAAUAAUGUUAAGCGAUUUCAUAGUAUAGAUGUUGAUAUUCCUUCUGUUCACCCACCAACUCAACAAAAGGACAUAUCACGAGUAUAUUCAAAUUGUGACAGUUCACUGAUAAAUUCAGACAAUCCUAAAUGCAGUAAAUGUUUCUUAAACAAUAUUAAAAUACACAACGAAAUCAACGAAAUUAAGAAGCUUUCAACGUGGUCUAAAUUUAUGCUCCUGUGCAAAUACAAAAUUUUUAUGAUAAACUGUUUCUUAGUCUCCUCAAUCUAUUUUGAAUUUACAGGAAUUCAGUAUUGGAUGACCAAAAUAGCAACGGGCAAUUUAAAUUUUAACGAGAAAUUUGUCCACUUAAUUUUAUCAAUUGAUAUUAUAGUUGGUUCCUCCUUAGGAAUGGUUACUGGUUCUUAUAUAGUUGAUCAAAUAAUAAACCAUUAUCCUCAAUACCCUUUAUUGGUUGAUUUUACAAUCUUGUUUUGGUCUUUAUUAGCUUGUAUUUCUGGGAUUGUGUUAAUUUAUAAUAAAAACAUAACUGUGUUUUCUAUUUGUACAAUGAUAAUAAUACUAUUCGGGGCUGCUAUGGUCCCGCCAUUAUCCCUUUCAUCAAUUUCUUAUUUACCUCAUAAUAUGAAACCAACUGGAGCUUCAUUUUUUAUGGCUCAUUAUCAAAUUAUGGGUUUUAUGGUAGGGACACUGGUACCCGGAAUAGCCAUUGAUUUAUUUAAUGACUAUAAAGCGUGUAUUUAUAUAAUAUAUUUAUCAGGGUUUAUUGGACUAUUUUUAUAUUGUAUUAUAAUUUGGUUAAAGUGGAAUAAAAUUAAAAAAGCCAAAAAAUAUGGUAUGAAUCCAAAGAACUCGUUUAGUAUUAAACCAUGA